UAUUGUCCAACCACACCAAGACAGUCGUGAAGAGGGCACGACAACACCUUUUUAUCCUCAGGAGACUGAAACAGUUUGGCAUGGGUCCCCAGAUCCUCAAAAAGUUAUACAGCUGCACCAUCGAGAGCAUCCUGACUGGUUGCAUCACGGUCUCAUAUGGCAACUGCUCGGUAUCUGACCAUAAGACGCUACAGAGGGUGGUGCGUACGGCCCAAUACAUCACUGGGGCCAAGCUUCCUGCCGUCCAGGACCUAUAUACCAGGCGGUGUCAGAGGAAGGCCCAAGAAAUAGUCAAAGACUCCUGUCACCAACGUCAUAGACGCUACUGGAGCGCCAAGUCUAGGUCCAAAAGGCUCCUGAUCAGCUUCUAUCCCCAAGCUAUAAGACUUCUGAACAAUUAAUCAAAUGGCCACCCAGACUAUUUACUUUGACCCCCGCUUUUGUUUUGACACUGAUGCUACUCGCUGUUUAUCAUCUUUGCAUAGUCACUUUCCCCUACCUACAUGUACAAAUUACCUCGACUAACCUGUACCCCCCGCACAUUUACUCGGUACCGGUGUCUCCUGUAUAUAGCCUCUUAUUGUUAUGUAAUUCUACUGUGUUCCUUUUUUAUUUUUACUAUUUUAUUUAGUAAAUAUUUUCUUAACUAUUUCUUGAACUGCACUGUUGGUUAAGGGCUUGUAAGUAAGCAUUUCACGAUAAGGUCUACACCUACCCUACCGUUCAAAAGUUUGGGGUCAUUUAGAAAUGGCCUUGUUUUUGAAAGAAAAUCAAUUUUUUUUGUCCAUUAAUUACACCAGAUUUGCCAGUUCUUGCUGUGAGAUGUUACCCCAUCUUCCUACAAGGCACCAGCAAGUUCCCGGACAUUUCAAGUGGGAAUGGCCCUAGCCCUCACCCUCCGAUCCAACAGCUCCCAGACGUGCUCAAUGGGAUUGAGAUCCGGGCUCUGGCCAUGACAGAACACUGACAUUCCUGUCUUGGAGGAAAUCACGCGCAGAACGAGCAGUAUGGCUGGUGGCAUUGUCAUGCUGGAGGGUCAUGUCAGGAUGAGCCUGCAGGAAGGGUACCACAUGAGGGAGGAGGAUGUCUUCCCUGUAACGCACAGCGUUGAGAUUGCCUGCAAUGACAACAAGCUCAGUCCGAUGAUGCUGUGACACACCACCCCAGACCAUGAUGACAGACCCUCCACCUCCAAAUCGAUUCCGCUCCAGAGUACAGGCCUCAGUGUAACGCUCAUUCCUUCGAUGAUAAACGCGAAUCCGACCUUCACCUCUGGUGAGACAAAACCGCAACUCGUCAGUGAACACGUUUUGCCAGUCCUGUCUGGUCCAGCGAUGGUGGGUUUGUGCCCAUAGGCGACAUUGUUGCCGGUGAUGUCUGGUUGAGGACCUGCCUUUACAACGCCUACAAGCCCUCAGUCCAGCCUCUCUCAGCCUAUUGCGGACAGUCUGAGCACUGAUGGAGGGAUUGCGCGUUCCUGGUGUAACUCGGGCAGUUGUUGUUGCCAUCCUGUACCUGUCACACAGGUGUGAUGUUCGGAUGUACCAAUCCUGUGCAGGUGUUGUUACACGUGGUCUACCACUGCGAGGACGAUCAGCUGUCCGUCCUGUCUCCCUGUAGCGCUGCCUUAGGCGUCUCAAAGUACGGCCAUUGCAAUUUAUUGCCCUGGCUACAUCUGCAGUCCUCAUGCCUCCUUGCAGCAUGCCAAAGGCAAGUUCAUGCAGAUGAGCAGGGACCCUGGGCAUCUUUCUUUUGGUGUUUUUCAGAGUCAGUAGAAAGGCCUCUUUAGUGUCCUAAGUUUUCAUAACUGUGACCUUAAUUGCCUACCGUCUGUAAGCUGUUAGUGUCUUAACGACCGUUCCACAGGUGCAUGUUCAUUAAUUGUUUAUCAUUCAUUGAACAAGCAUGGGAAACAGUGUUUAAACCCUUUACAAUGAAGAUCUGUGAAGUUAUUUGUUUUUUUACUAAUUAUCUUUGAAAGACAGGGUCCUGAAAAAGGGACGUUUAUUUUUUUGCUGAGUUUAGAUAGGCGUACAGAGGCCCAUUAUCAGCAACCAUCACUCUUGUGUUCCAAUGGCACGUUGUGUUAGCUAAUCCAAGUUUAUCAUUUUAAAUGGCUAAUGGAUCAUUAGAAAACCCUUUUGCAAUUAUGUUAGCACAGCUGAAAACUGUUGUUCUGAUUAACGAAGCAAUAAAACUGGCCUUUAGACUAGUUGAGUAUCUGGAGCAUCAGCAUUUAUGGGUUAGAUUAUAGGCUCAAAAUGUCCAGAAACAAAGAACUUUCCUCUGGAACUCAUCAGUCUAUUCUUGUUCUGAGAAAUGAAGGCUAUUCCAUGCGAGAAAUUGCCAAGAAACUGAACAUCUCGUACAACGCUGUGUACUACUCCCUUCAAAGAACAGCGCAAACUGGCUCUAACCAGAAUAGAAAGAGGAGUAGUAGUCCCUGGUGCACAACUGAGCAAGAGGACAAAUACAUUAGAGUCUAGUUUGAGAAACAGAUGCCUCACAAAUCCUCAACUGGCAGCUUCAUUAAAUAGUACCCGCAACGUCAACAGUAAAGACGCGACUACGGGAUGCUGGCCCUCUAGGCAGAGUUGCAAAGAAAAAGCCAUAUCUCAGACUGGCCAAUAAAAAUAAAAGAUUAAGAUGGGCAAAAGAACAGACACUGGACAGAGGAAGAUUGGGAAAAAGUGUUAUGGACAGACAAAUCUAAGUUUGAGGUGUUCGGAUCACAAAGAAGAACAUUUGUGAGACGCAGAAAAAAUGAAAAGAUGCUGGAGGAGUGCUUGACGCCAUCUGUCAAGCAUGGUGGAGGCAAUGUGAUGGUCUGGGGGUGCUUUGGUGGUGGUAAAGUUGGAGAUUUGUACAGAUUAAAAGGAAUCUUCAAGAAGGAAGGCUAUCACUCCAUUUUGCAAUGCCAUGCCAUACCCUGUGGAUGGCGCUUACUUGAAGCCAAUUUCCUCCUACAACAGUACAAUGACCCAAAGCACAGCUCCAAACUAUGCAAUAACUAAUAACUGUCUAUAAGGAGUGGACAGCAGUCAUCGGAUCUCAACCCUACUGAGCUGUUGUGUGAGCAGCUUGACCGUAUGGUACUGUAGGAAGUGCCCAUCAAGCCAAUCCAAUUUGUGGGAGAUGCUUCAGGAAGCAUGGGGUGAAAUCUCUUUAGAUUACCUCAACAAAUUGACAACUAGAAUGCCAAACGUCUGCAAGGCUGUAAUUGCUACAAAUUGAGGAUUUUUUGAUGAAAGCAAAGUUUGAAAGACACAAUUAUUAUUUCAAUUAAAAAUCAUUAUUUAUAACUUUGUCAACAUCUUGACUAUAUUUCCUAUUCAUUGUGAAACUCAUUUCAUGUAUGUUUUCAUGGAAAACAAAUAAAUGUAUAAGUGACCCCAAACUUUUGAACGGUAGUGUAUUUCUUGAACUGCAAUGUUGGUUAAGGGAUUGUAAGUAAGCAUUUCACGAUAAGGUCUACAAACGUUUGAAUUCGACGCAUGUGAUAAAUACGACUUGAUUUGAGCUAUGUCACAAGACUACUGUAGUACAGCUGGUUCAAGGGGAGUGGCCAAAAGUGUCUUUCGGUGUUUUCGUCUGGUAGCUGACUUCUCUAUCUAUGCGCUUCACCGGAAUGCGUAGGAGUAGGGGAAACACGCAUUAGGAAAUCAUACGAAGAGUGGACUUCGGUUCAACCUGUAUUGGAUUUUCUAACUAUACGUUUUAGGGACGCAACUAAAUGGUGUAGUGACCCAGCCUGGUCCAUGAUGUCUCGAAGUGGCCACUCCAAGAGUACCAGGACAGGGUCAUCCACAGGCCAGUGUGAGCCUCCUCAGGGACCAGGCGUCCAUGUCUAUCUGUUUUGGACCAAGGGAGGGGAGCGCUAUCUGACCCACACAGAGGGUAAAGUGACAGCUGAGGAGCUUUCCAUCUCUGCAGCACAGACUGUGGGUAUCACUCCACUGUGCCAUGUCCUGUUUUCCAUGUAUGACCCUGAAUCCCACUGCUGGUACAGUCCCAACCAUUUUUUCAACCCACAAGAGCAGACAAGCCUGACACUCCAUUAUCGCAUGAGGUUUUACUUUCGGAACUGGCAUGGGUUGAGUGAGAAGGAGCCGUCAGUGGCGCGAUAUACCCCACGGUCAGGGACAGAGCACGGGGGCUCACCUCUACUAGAAAUGACCUCCCUGGAAUACCUCUUCUGCCAGGCAAAGUUUGAUUUUGUGAAUGAUGUCACGCCGAUGGAGGAUGCUCAAGGAAAAGAAGAGUUGAGUAGCUUUAAGAAUGAGAGUCUGGGGAUGGCUGUGCUGCACCUGUCUCACCAGGCCCUGUGCUCAGGCUGCACGCUACAGGAAGUGGCCAAGUCUGUCAGCUUCCUGCGCUGCAUUCCGAGAUCCUUCUCCAGACACAUAGCGAGGGACAACUUCCUGACGAAGAUCCGUAUCCGGCGUGUGUUUGCUGACUUUGUGAAGACCUUCCAGGAGCACACUGUGGACUUAGGACGCCUGGGCUCCCAGGAGGUCAUGUAUAAAUACCUGUCUACUCUGGAGCACCUAGCCCCCCGCUUCGGCACUGAGACCUUCCUCACGGCCCACCUGGAGCUGAGGAAGGACGGGGGUGACGGGAGCGGCUCCUACCUCAACACUAGCCACGCUCACGGGGCCUCUGACCCUGAGAACUUUGGCCCUCAGGUCAUGCAUGAGGUCAUGGUGUCUGGUACCAAGGGGAUUCAGUGGAGGAAGAUCACAGUGCAGAAGGCCCAAGCCAACAGUUACUUUGGGAACGAUUACUUAGGGAAUCGGAAAAGUGUGAAGCAAUCGCCUCUCCAGCAAGAACCUAAAUCCUCUGACACAUGGACGUCUUUCUGCGACUUCCCUGAAAUCUCCCACAUCACCAUCACUGGAGCCAACGUCAGCAUCAUUAAACAGGACAACUUCUCUAUGGAGGUUCAAAUGAAUUCCAGCCUUGAGGCUCUGUCUUUCGUCUCCCUCCUGGACGGGUACUUCCGGCUUACUGCAGACGCACACCACUACCUGUGUCACGAGGUGGCUCCGCCCAGAGUAGUGCUCAGUGCCACCAAUGGCCUCCAUGGACCAAUGAAUGAUGACUUUGUGCUGCAGAGACUGAGGAAGGAAGCAGAGGGAGCCUUUCUUGUGCGCUGGAGCGUCCUCGACUACCACCGCAUUAUAUUAGCUGUUCUAAACAAGAGUCAGGAUGGACAAGCUGCAAUCCACAAGCAGUUCAGGAUCCUGCAUAGUGGUUCAGUGUUUGCUCUGGAAGGCUGGGACCGGUCGUUCUCCAGUGUCAAGGAGCUCACCGACAGCCUCAAGACCUUUGUGCUCAAGUCUGGCACGGACAAUUUCACUGUGAAGAAAUGCUGCCUACCCCGACCUGCAGAACUGUCCAACCUCUUGGUGAUGAGGCAGGGUGCGGACCAGUGUGUUCAGCCUGACUCUGUGGCCCUCUGUCUAACUCAGCUGAGGUUCCAUCAGAUCAAAGACAAGGAGAUCACCCAGGAGCAGCAUCUGGGCCGUGGGACCAGGACCAACAUCUACUCGGGCAGUCUGUUGGUGUGGGGCGGAGUGGAGGAGGAGGAUGAGGAGGACAAGUGGAACAACAAUCUUACUGAUCGCAAAGAGAUCCGAGUGGUUCUUAAGAUCUUGGACCAGAGCCACAAGGACAUAGCGUUAGCGUUCUUUGAAACAGCCAGUCUGAUGAGCCAAGUAUCUCACAGUCACCUGGUCUUUGUACACGGAGUGUCUGUCAAAGGAUCUGAGAACAUCAUGGUGGAGGAGUUUGUGGAGUUUGGGCCUCUGGAUGUGUUCCUGCGAAGGGAAAGGGCGCUGGUCACUCCUCAGUGGAAAUUUACUGUAGCCAAACAGCUGGCCAGUGCCCUGAGCUACCUCGAGACUAAACAACUGGUACAUGGUAACGUCUGUGCCAAAAACAUUCUGGUGGCUCGCCGUGGUCUGGAGGAGGGCUCCUUUCCCUUCGUCAAGCUGAGCGAUCCAGGCAUCGCCCUCAGCGUGCUGUCCAGAGAAGAGCGUGUCGAGCGAAUCCCAUGGAUCGCCCCGGAGUGUGUGCCAAGCGGUGCCCCAUUCAGCAGUGCUGCCGACCAGUGGAGCUUUGGAGCCACACUGCUAGAGAUCUGCAACAAUGGAGAUUUGCCCAUGAGUGGCAGCACGCUCACUGAGAAAGAGCGUUUCUACAAGACGCGGAGUCGCCUCACCGAGCCCUCGUCGCAGGAACUGGCCAGCUUCAUUAGCAUGUGUUUGACCUACGAACCCCGGGAGAGGCCGUCCUUCCGCACUGUGCUUCGAGAGCUCACUGAACUACAGAUCAAGAAUCCUGACAUAUCCCCCCUGGAGUCUCUCCCGGACGCUGACCCCAACGUUUUCCUCAAACGCUACUUGAAAAAGAUCCGGGACUUAGGAGAGGGUCACUUUGGGAAGGUGAUUCUCUAUGUGUAUGACCCAGCCAACGACGGGACAGGGGACUAUGUAGCAGUGAAGGCCCUGAAGCAUGAGGGAGGCAGCCAUCUCCGUGAAGGCUGGAUGAAGGAGAUUGAGAUCCUCAAGUCUCUUUACCACGGCAACAUAGUCAAGUACAAGGGCUGCUGCUCUGAGCUGGGAGGGCAGACGGUGCAGCUGAUUAUGGAGUUUCUACCGCUGGGCAGCCUCAGAGAGUACCUAGUCAAACACCGCCUGGGCGUGGCUCACAGCCUCCUCUUUGCACAGCAGAUCUGCCAGGGGAUGGAUUACCUGCACUCGAAGCGAUACAUCCACCGGGACUUGGCUGCCCGGAACGUACUGGUGGAGAAUGAGCAUCUGGUGAAGAUCGGGGACUUUGGCCUUACCAAAUACAUCCCAGAGGGAGAUGUUUACUACCGCGUGCGUGAGGAUGGAGACAGUCCUGUGUUCUGGUAUGCAAUUGAGUGUCUGAAGGAGAGCAAGUUUUCCUUCUCUUCAGACAUUUGGUCCUUUGGCGUGACGCUCUAUGAGGUCCUGACCCACUGUGAAUAUCGUCAGAGCCCUCCAGUGAAGUUCGUUCAGAUGAUGGGUAACGUGCGGGGUCAGAUGACGGUGAUGGUGCUGAUCAAGCUGCUGGAGAAACACAAUAGGUUGCCCUGCCCCCGAGACUGUCCCAGCGAGGUCCGCAUGUUGAUGCAGCAUUGUUGGGACUUUGACCCCGCGAGAAGGCCAUCUUUCAAAUCCCUCAUUGAGUCCAUCGAAGCGAUUCGCAAGACAUACGAACGGCAACCCAAUGUGCGGCUGGCCCAAAUUAGCCAAUGAGAACCUUACUUUUUCACAGGCCAGCUGGCCUUACUCCUGUAUACCUCAGCACUUUGCUACAUAAGUCUACUCUAGAGUCUACACCACGCCCUGAACCACAGUGCCCUCUGUCUGUUCUGAAGGAGUAGACUGCUCUUUGUAUUAAUAAAUAGGAACUCAGGUUUUUAGUAAUUCUCAUCCAUUAAUUCAUAUAGAUGAGCCCUUAGUGAUGGCACCUGUUUUAUUUUGAUGUGACAGAUAUUAUUUUUUUAGUUGUGAAAUUCCCAGAAUGGCAGCUAUAGUGCUGUCUCGGGAGGAGAACCGGGUCCAUGUUCCGCGACUGAUCAAAUUAGGUUCUACCUUUUAGCCCGAGUUGGAGGAUCCCAUUCAUAUGAAAUAUUUACUAUCCAGAACAGGAGAGGAGCUGUCAUUCCACAUGAUUUGUCACUCAUAAUGUUCACAUGAUUAAUAUAACACUUCAAUUGAGGCAUGUAUAUUACCAACAGUUUCUCUUUAUUUCUGUAUUGGUGUAAAUAUAAAACGUUUACUGAUUGUAUUGUAUCAUAUCAUGUUUUUCCUUAUGUUUGUAUGUAUUAAAUGUUUGAGUGGGCGAAUGUUGAAAAUUAAGCAUUUGUAUCCCUUGACUGUGUUUAAUAAAUUUGACCAAAGCCCAAAAAAUGCAGGUUGUGAAUUGUUAGUUCAUCAUUUGUAACACUUUCAACGAAUGUAAAUGACCAAUUGUGUAUUUAUUUAAAAAAGAGGGUUGAGUGCAAAGCUAAGGGAAGUCCACUUCUGUUUGCCAACUUGAGCAAACUGUCUACUCAGAUGUGGUAUGAUAAACAUGCUAAGGUCCAGUGUGCCUCGAGGUGAAAGCUAAUUUGAUUUUAUGCCUAAAUAAUUUCCCUAUUAGUUGAGCUUUUCCAAAUAAAAUCAAUUUUCCUGUCAAUCAGCGACAUACACAGCUGAAUGUAAUGCAAACACCUCAACUUCUAUUGAAUCAGAAAUUAUAUAGUGAUUUUCUCCAUAUGUUCAUACCGGUAAUUCAAUUAAAUUCAAUGUACUG